GGCCAAAGCCCGAAAUCAGCAAAAAGCAGCGGCAACAGACUGACAAAUCAGCCAGCAACGAACUUCCUGGCAAGCUUUAGGUGGUCACGCCAGACAGUAGCAAAUCCAAGCAAGGAAAUAUAUAAUGGCUGCGAGAGCGAGGGCGGCACCGUUCUGGCUCCUGGCCGCGGCCGCGGUGGCGCUGCUGGCGGCGGCGGCGUCGGCGCAGUCCGGCAGCGACGACUGCACGUCGGCGCUGGUGAGCCUGUCCCCGUGCAUGGACUACAUCAGCGGCAACGACACGUCGGCGCCCAGCGCGUCGUGCUGCUCGCAGCUCAAGAGCGUGGUGCAGUCCAAGCCGCAGUGCCUGUGCGCCGCGCUCGGCAGCGACGGCGCCUCGUCCUCCCUCGGCGGCGUCACCAUCGACCGGUCGCGCGCGCUCGGCCUCCCCGCGGCCUGCAACGUCCAGACCCCACCCGCCAGCCAGUGCAGCGGGUCGUCGGGCGGCGGCGGAUCGAAGGCGACGCCUUCCCUGCCAUCUGGCGGCGGUGCGUCGCUCCGGGGACCGGCGGGUCUUGUGCUCGGGCUCGCCGCGGCUGCGGUUUACGCCGUGGCAGCUGCUGUGUGAGCGUUGUGAUUCAGGAUGCGUUGCGUUGCGUCGUGUCAGUUUUCGUUAUUGGGAACGGACGGACAGGGAGGGUUGUGAGUGGUUUGUGUGUCUAUGACUUUGUCCCCUUCGUGAAAUUAAGGCCUUGUUUAGUUCCCAAAAAAUUUUGCAAAA